GACCUGCCACCGGAAGCCAGGCUUCUACUUCCGGGUCAAAGCCAUGGCGGUGGCAAAUUCAAGUCCAGUCAAUCCAGUGGUCUUCUUCGAUGUCAGUAUUGGCGGCCAGGAAGUUGGUCGCAUGAAGAUCGAGCUCUUUGCAGACGUGGUGCCUAAGACGGCGGAGAACUUUAGGCAAUUCUGCACCGGAGAGUUCAGAAAAGAUGGUGUUCCCAUAGGAUACAGGGGAAGCACCUUCCACAGGGUCAUAAAGGAUUUCAUGAUUCAGGGUGGAGAUUUUGUUAAUGGCGAUGGUACCGGAGUCGCCAGUAUUUACCGGGGUCCAUUUGCGGAUGAAAAUUUUAAACUCAGACACUCAGCUCCAGGCCUGCUUUCCAUGGCAAACAGUGGUCCCAGUACAAAUGGCUGCCAGUUCUUUAUCACGUGUUCUAAGUGUGAUUGGCUGGAUGGAAAGCAUGUAGUGUUUGGAAAAAUCAUUGACGGACUUCUAGUGAUGAGGAAGAUUGAGAAUGUUCCCACAGGCCCCAACAAUAAGCCCAAACUGCCAGUGGUGAUCUCACAGUGUGGGGAAAUGUAAUCUAGACAAGAUGGAGCCAGUACUGAACUGGACUGCUGGUAUCCUGGCAAUUGGAGAUUGAAAUCUCUUCAAGGAACGACUUCUAAACCACAUACAGCAGAGCCUCUCAGUUUCCUCUGGAUAGACCUGCUGUUGCUGAUUCUUGUGAAGUGAACUGAUGAUGUCCUGACAACACAGACUGGAUUUGCUCCAAAGAACUAUUUCUAAACAAGUCCACCUCUCCCGUAACCUAAUAACCUUUCCCAUUAUCUCUGGGUGGUAGAAGGGAGGUUAAAGCAUUUAAGAACCCUUACUAAAAGUCACUUGUUAAAAGCCUACACCAGGGCCUGGGUCUCACUAUAUUACCUUGUCUAGCCUGUCUCCAACUCAUGGAGAUGCCCUGUCUGCCUCGAGCCUGCUGAGAUGGAAGGCAUACACCAAAAAAGGCUGCCAGUUUCUUUUUCUCACAGAGAUCUAGUCAAAUACCAGAUAACCUCACAGUGACUGUGUCAUCAUCAUCAUCUGUGACAGGCGUGUGCUCAGAGCAUCUGGAGGUCAUAGGCAGUCAGUAAAAGGUAAAAGGCCUGAGGUGCUGGGAAGGGAAUCCCAGGCAUUUUAGAAGGGGAUCAUGGUGAGCAGUGCUGAGGCAGGAAAGCACAGGUGCAUGCUGGGAGCUAAAUGUGGACCUUUCUUGCCGAGACAAAUGCUUCCUUCUCAGGCUGAACAGAUAGCAUGAGCCUUUCUACCACAAUGGGGACUCCCCUGGGCUCAGUCUGACCCCACUUCAAGAGCUCUUGACGAUUCUUUCCCGUUCUCACUCAUUUCUUCGAUGUCACUAAUGAAGAGUUCAUAAGCUGAUCCCUGAUCA